AUGGUAAAGUGAAACAUCUCACUGCGCAUGCGUGCCCAUUACAGUACAGACCAUUUAUUCUUUUUUAAAAAAACCUGAAUAAACAUAGUUUUAAGACCCUCGUCUACACUUUGCCGGUGAAGAACACAAACUCGAGCUUUAUCAUUAUGUCAGAAAACGACAGCUGUUUUUCUGGUAAAAUAUUCUCUGCAAACAGAUACGAAGCUAUCGAAUAUGUUUUUGAGAUCAACACCAGUCAUAAAAUAAUGAUGAAUUUACUGGCAUUACCAACUCCUUACUUCGCCAGUAGCAGUGAUCUGUAUCCUCACAGUGGCAAACUGCCUGAAGUCACCUACAGGACACCGUGGAUCAGAGGAAAAGUGAUCUCCACCUGCAGGCUCUUCGUCAGUGGUUCUGUGCUGGAUGACCUGAGAGUACAAAUGCAACCAGUGAAUGCACUAGAAAGAUUGAAUGUGGCUCUGAGUGAGGUGAGAGGGGAUUUAGAGGUGAUACCCAGCUCUCAUCCUGACUCACUGACAGAUCUAGACCAGGAUGAUGUUUGCCUUUUGAAAGAGUUACAGAUCGCUGAUCUGUGCCAGGAAUCAUUUAACAAGUGCGCUACAGACCAGAUGAAACCUGAAAAUGACAAAGUUUGUGACACAGAUCUUGUCCUGCCGGAAGACUUCCUGCUUGUUGAUUACCUGCCACACUUUAGGAGACAUCUACCCACACUGAAAGCCAUACUGUCCCGACUGAGGACGCUGCCUGUGGCUGACCCUCUGCUGAGCUCAACGGGACAGCCUAUCUCUGAGGACACCAUAUUCAGACAUUGUGCACCCUAUGAAAUACCUCCUGAUGUAAACACAAGUGACGUUCAGAUGCGUGCAAACAUUCAUGAGGAGUUCGGUAAAGAGUCAUUGAUGCAGGAAGAGUCUCUGCUGUUGCCAACUGUAGUGGACACACUGAAUCUGAGCAGAGAACACUGCACCAAUUUUUCAGAUGUUUGUGGUCAUAUGAAUGUGCACCCUGAACAGCUGGAUGAGCAGCUUUCAGUCCUGGAGGUGCUUCAUAAAGUUUUCCUGUCAGGUGCACCAGUAUCAGUGGAUAUUUCCCAAUAUGAAAAACCAGAUGAGUUAAGCAAGAUGACUGGAGGCCUGGUGGAGUCAAAGCUGGAUGGACGUUUGACGCUCCCCACUGAACUUGAACUGGACAUGACUCUGACCUCGACUCCUGACCAAACCAGUCAAACUAGGUUCUGUCUGUCCACAUGUGAACUCCAGAGAGAAGAGCUGUCCCCGCUCUCCAAAUGUUCUUUGGUGUCAGAGGAAACUCGGAGACACAUGGAGACGGCACUUUGGAAAGCAGAGAAACAUCCAACCUUUGUGGUGGGCUUUCUGUUGGCAGAGCCCCAACAUCAUGCACCACCUGCUGAUUUCCAGCCUCUGUCUGAAGCCUUGAGAGUCAUCAAGUUAGAAAAUCUAAAUGUUGUUGGCUGUGGAGACAAACCGCAGUUGGAGAACAGAACGAGAGCCUUACACAAAAAUGUAUGCAGCAACAUUGAGUUUAUGGAGAGGAUGCAGACCGAGCUCCCCUCCACAGAGCAGAGGGAGAUGGAAGACUUCAAAAAACUGCCAACAGAGCAUAUGGAGUUCACAGACCAAUCCAUCCUGAUGAAUCCAACAAACAAAACUCAGUUACCUCACCUGGAGAAAUCAGAAACUACUACUCAUGACUCUAAAGUUACUGCAAACAACACCCCUAUACAAAAACUGACAUUUGCUUAUGCACCUCAGAGCAUCUCCCUGAUGGACCCUGUCAACAAAGACAACAAGUACAUUCAAUCUGCCGCUUUGAACAAUAUCAAAGACAAAGUUUCACCUGAGAAGAUUGCAGAAGUUUCAGCCCUGCCUUCUGCUGAUAAGGGGAUCAUCAGAGCUGGUAGAGAUGUCAGGAAGACAGAACAGAGACCCCUCACUCCUCAGCAGGCUGCAUCCUCCAGACUGGACAUCAGAGAGGAUCACAGAGGUCUGCUGGGUGAAAGGCGUCCCCCAGAGAAGGACGUAGACCCUCUGUCCACCUUCAUGAUGCUGAGGUUUCAGCUGAAAUCUUUAGCAGCUGCGGAAGCUCAGACCUCAGUCUGCGCUCCAGCACUAAAGGCGGAGAAACAAUCCCCACCUGAUCUUCAGCCUCUUCCAGAUGACAUGGAGGGAUCAGACAAGAGAUCAACGUACAUGCGCAGUGCUGUGUUAGGAAAUGCUUCCAGAGAGCAGAGAGCUCCCUUUCAGUUGACAGGCCAACUCAUCAGUCAGCCUGUCAGUCAGGAGAGCAGAGUAGUACAAGUCCAAGCUACAGAUAGCCAACAGCACGCCUUCUUCCAGCUGCUGGCCUUUGCUGAACCAUUUUUGAGCUCGGCCAGGCAGCAGGGCCUCAACAUCCCAGCGUGGGGAGACUUCAGCUGCCUGGCCCCCGACCAAACACACUUCCUCCUCAGACAGCAGGAGAAAGCACUCGGCAGGACUCAUGCACAGAGCACAGAGCUGUUCAGAGAUCAGGACCUGCUAUUCAACCAGGCGGCUUUGAUUCAUGUGCUGGUGACAUUCAAGGAGCUGCUUCUGAAGUGUGACCUUAGCACUGCACUGGCCUACCUGACCCAGGCAGCUGAGGCGCGUGCAGAGCAGAGUCUGCAGCAGCUGCUCAAGAGGCUGCAGAUCCUCCUCCAUCUCAGUCACAAAAAACAGGAGCCCAACUUUAAACUGCUGGAGCUGCAGCAGCUGCUGGCUGAAAGGCUGCACAGCAGGAAGGGACAGAAAAUCCUAGAAAAGGUUCUUGUCAUGAUAUCAGUUGACUCUGAUGAAAACAGAUCUGUAAUCAUCAACUGCUUGAGCCAAGUUACUGGUGAGGCUGUAACUGCAGUUUGUCCUGAAGAGAACAAGACGAAACUGAAUGGUGCCAGCGUCAUCAGCAGCAUGUGCAACUGUGUGUGUGUGGUGGUGUGUGAGCAGCACGUGGGCCCUGAUUUCCCCUGGAAGUGUUUCUCUCUGGUGGUGGAGUACGAUCACCCCGGCCAAUCCCCGUGGGCAACAGUGUGCAGAGAGAGGGGGGUCAAUCACCUCACUUUUAAUGCAAUCAUCUCCCACACUGAGACAGGGGAAGCCUCGUGGUGCCUGGACGACAAUGUGCCGUAUGUGUUAUUUGUGACUGAAGGGCUUCUCGACUGUCCACUGCUGCUGCAGAUGCUAGAGUCAGGGUUUAAUAUAACUGUUCUGGAGAGGAGCCUCUGUCCCUCCUUGCAGAUGCUCGGAGGGACCCAUCAGUACGCCGUGAUCACAGUGAAUGAAAGCACCGCCAUCAUCGUUCAGGAGGGGGAUGAACUAUGUCAGGAGCAUGCCAGUGAGCGAGUAGUAAUGAGACUGACAGCUCUGUCUCUGCAAUAUGACUGCUGUUGGCUCAUCCUGCACUGCCCCGACUUCCAGGGAGGAGGACUUUCUAGUGAAGCCUUCAACAACUUGGUGUUGGUGUAUUCCUCUCUGGUGUUGUUCAGCAUGAAGUCAGAUGAUCUAGAUGUGAAGGUGCUGAUUGUGUCUAAGGUGGUGGAGGUAGCUAAAUGGAUCAGCCAAAUCUGCUUCCACAGCCUGAUGGCCAGUGACAGGGACCCUGUCAACUACCUGGACAGAGACUGGCUGACUGUGCUCCCCUCAAAGGAGGAAAAAUGUUUAUUUCAGUUCCCGUGUAUCAACCCUCUGGUCAGUCAGUUAAUGCUGAGCAGAGCUCCGUCUUUCCAGUGGCUCCUCAGGGCCUCUCUGACGCAGCUGCAGGAGCUGCUCCCUGAGGUACCACAUAAAGUACUCAAGCUGUUCAGUGACACCUCCUCCCUGUAUACAACAACUGCAGACUCAAACCAGCCUGAGUCUCAAAAAGUCACCACUGAAAAAAAACAACACACCCGACCCCCAAACAGCCCCUGGAUCACCACUAGAUCUGAGCACAUAACCACUGAGCCACCAGCAGAAACUCCCAUCAACCCCCAGUUUGAACUUCCCCGUAGCAACACCAGCUUUUCGUUUGGAGAAGACUGCAGCUUCUGUGAACCAGACUCCAUGGUUCAGGAUGGCAACACAGAUUUCAGACUUGACCUGAGUUCCUCCAUCAGCAGCCCAGACUUUCAUCCCAUGAGGAGCUGGACCAACAGAGACCCAUGGAGAGAGGAGGACAGAGGCAGGAAGGAGGUGGAGUUUUCUAGCUGGAGAGGCAGAGCUGGAGCUGUGGGGAAAGCUGUAGAAAGGAUAAGCACUGAGUGGACUCCAACAAAGCCUGAUAGUCCUUUCAAGCUGGACUCCAUGCUAACUUUCAGUCCAUUCCAGCAGCAACCAGCUGCUGGUCACACGACCAGGAACUCAACAGUCUGCAGUGACUUCCAGCAUCCAGGUAGCCACUGCACGUUGUCUGAUCCAAGCCCCCCUGCAGAAGUGACGAUGUGGGGUCGAGAUCAAAGCAGCAACAGCAGAGAGACGACGACAGUGUCAGCUAACUACGGCUCCAAAUGUUGGUUAGGACAAGAGAGGAAGAGGAGCGGGGAGGUGGCAGGUUUGGUUGGGACAGUGUUGACUCCACUGAAGAAGGGACGGUUGAGCUAUGAGAAUGUUCCUGGCAGAAGUGACGGACAGACAAGGCUGAAAUUAUUUUAGAGUAUUUAGUUCCUGUGUUCUGUUAGUAAACAUGGAGAAAGCUGUGUGCUCAGA